GCCAGCUCAGGGAGAGCGAGAAUAGAAUAGUCAGCAACCCCGUAUCUAACGUGACCCUAUCAGGGGAAAGCUAAAUAUUCAAAUAGCAGUGAAUUUGUGAGACACAAAGAAGUGAAGAUAAUAAACCAAUAGCUCAGCACCAGUUUCGCCCACGAACCAGCCUUCUUCUCAGUGUCCCGACCAACAAACUCGUACCAUCCUUAAGUUUCCAUCUUCCUCUUCAUCCUUAUCAGGUAAAACUUAUGUAAAAGAAAAUACAAUAACAAAAGAUAGGAUUUUUGGAUUAUGGGUGACUCUGUGGAUUUAUGUUGGGUAAAUAUAUGUUGAAUGAAUGUAGAAAUGGAGCUGUGCGUGGAAGAGAGAGCAUUUAAAUCAAGUUUGCGUGGAGAGUUGCCGGAGAAAUCGACGCAGCAAGCGUUUUUGGACGACUAUUGUUGUGCUAUCGGGGUUCCAGGCGAGGAUUUCUUCGUGGAUGACCUUCUGGACUUGUCUAAUGCAGAGUUUGAAGAUGGGAACGUCGUGGGACAAGAAGAGGAACAACUCGUAAAAGAUUCCCUUUCCGGCUCGUCCUCCCAGGAACAAGCCGGCGAUGAUAGUUCCAAUUCCACCCAUUUCUCUGGCACCGCUGAGUCUGAGUCUCAUCUCGCCAGCGAACUUGCCGUUCCUGAUGAUGAUUUGGCAGAGCUUGAAUGGGUUUCCCACUUUGUUGACGAUUCCCCGUCAGGCUUCUCUCUUUCGUAUGUCGCCGGAAAACAGAAAGCUGAAACUCUUACUACGACCCGGUCCCAACAACCGGAGAGCAGACCGAGACCGAGUUCAACAAGACCUCCAUGUUUUUCCUCGGCGGUUCCUUCGAAAACCAGAACCAAACGGGCCAGGACCAGUAAUCGCGUUUGGACACUCGGGUCGGGGCUCACUGAGUCACCGCCACCGUCUUCAGCAUCUUCUCCCGGGUUUUCUUCGAUACCUUGUCUUAUCUUCACCAACACCUUCCAAAAGAUGGAGCUAUUCGCGUUUGCUGAACCGCCAACGAAGAAGCAGAAGAAGAAACCCAGGGUUCUGACCGGUGGGACCCUGUUUCAGCGAAGGUGCAGCCAUUGCCAGGUGCAGAAGACCCCCCAGUGGAGAACCGGCCCGCUGGGUCCCAAAACGCUCUGUAACGCAUGUGGGGUACGGUUUAAGUCUGGACGGCUUUUCCCGGAGUACAGACCGGCAUGUAGUCCUACUUUUUCUGGCAAUAUUCACUCGAAUAGCCACCGCAAAGUGUUGGAGAUAAGGAAGAGAAAGGAGAUGGUGACUGAACCAGGAUCAGGGUUGACACAGAUGGUUCCAAGUUUUUGAUAAUUUAACCCAGAAUACAUGCGAGAAUCGGAGUUAAGAGACUUGUAACAGUAUCAUAGGAAGGUUCUUAAUUAUAGCUCUUCUAGUCUUCUUUUUCUUGGUAUUUUUUUUUAAUUAUUAUUUUAAGGUUUAAACUUAGCUAGUAUUUGUAUUUUGUUCUAAUGUUUAGUUCAAUUAUUUGAUUAUUUUUCC